ACCUGUCUCGGUGCAGAGUUCCGUUGAUAAGCUCGUUUUUUCUCAUCAAAUCUAAACUAGAAUGCGUCCCCUGAAAGAUGUGUUCACGUUCUACGAUCCCGAAAACAAAAUCUGGUGCGGAAUUCCUUCCGCUCCGCCCUACAAUCCGGAUCAAAACCUGGCCCAACUGGUGUUGAGUAUACUCGAUAAAAAUCGACAGCAGGUGGUACAAAUUAACGCGGACAGUGAUUCCGAGAUUACCGGGGCCGAAUUGCGACUUCGGGCGAUCAAAAUAGCCCAAAAUUUGUCCGGGAGAGGUUUCAGCCAACGUGAUUCGUGCGUGAUGGCCGUAGGAAACGGGGAUCAUACGGCGCCCGUUUUGUUUGCCUGUUUGGCACUGGCAAUUCCGGUUAAUACGUUGGAUCCUUCCUUCGAUAGGGAAGAUUUGGGACACAUGCUUGAAACGGUUCGACCGAGGUUGAUAUUUUGUGACACGGGAAAAACGUUGGAGGAGAUGAAGGCAGCCUGUCGAAAUAUGGGCUCAGAAGCAACGAUUUUUCAAAUGGAUGGCGAUCGCAUUGAAGGCUGUAGUCACGUGGAGGACCUGCUGAUAUCAACUGGAUCGGAAGAUACUUUUAGGCCCGUCAACGUAACUGAUGCCUCCCGGCAGACGGCCGUCAUGAUCUGUUCUUCCGGGACGACCAGCCGUUCCAAGGUCGUCUGCCUAUCACAUGCCAACUGUAUCAGACACGUUGCCAACUUCUUCGACUGUCUUCACGGGGAGCGCAUUUUCGCGUUCAGCUCCCUUUACUGGCUGUCCGGCUUGAUGAUUUUGCUGGUUGGAACUCUUUGGGGAGCGACUCGAAUUAUCACCAGAAGACCUUUUAGUCCUAAAUUUGCGUUGGAAUUGUUCCAGAGGUAUCGACUAAAUAUGGUUUGUAUGCCACCCUCGCAAGCAUUUGCCUUGAUACAUGAGCCUGGCUUGGAACGGGCCAAUUUGUCCAGUUUAAGGCUGUUUUUGUGCGGUGGAGGGCAGGUGACGGCUCAUUUGAAGCGGUCUCUUCAACGAUACAUCACUAAAGGUUCAGUAGAGAUUCCUUAUGGCCUUUCGGAACUAGGCACAGCAGCUACUCAUACUCGUGGGGAAUUUUAUCGAGACGGAUCUGUGGGAUAUGCUCGAGCCGGAAUGGAGCUCAAAAUCGUUGAUGACGACGGAAACUCUCAGGAUAUCGGGCAGCAGGGUGAAGUACUGAUUCGUGCUAGAGACAUUUUCAAGGGCUAUUUAGGGAACAAAGAAGCAACGGAAGAGAUGAUCGACUCUGAAGGGUGGCUCCAUACAGGGGAUAUAGGUAGGUUCGACGCUGAUGGAUUGCUGUACAUAGUGGAUCGCAAAAAGGAUAUUAUAAAGUACAACAAUUUUCCGUUCGGCCCAACUGAAAUUGAGGACAUCAUCCAACAAGUGCCGGGAGUUAACGCUGCCUGUGUAGUUGGAUUACCAACGGAAACGGGAUCCGAUUUGGUAACGGCAUUUGUGGUUAGAGCUGAGGGUUACGAAACGUGUGAUGAGAAUAGGAUACUGGAGGCGGCCCGUCGAAAGCUGCCGGACUACAAACAAAUAAGAGGUGGCAUAUUUUUCGGAGAAAAGCUUCCGAUGACGCCCUCGGGGAAGGUUCUCAGAAGAAAUGUCAAGGUUUUAUUGAGUGAAAUAGUUAACAAUGGGAAAACUUUGAAGUAGAAUUUUCUUCAAAAUUAAUGUU